CUAUCAUAUCCUUUAUAAACUAUUACAUUUUUCUGACAACAUCCAAAUUAUACGAUAUGUUAAACGUGUGAGAUGUUCAUAAAGCACUCUGGACCUUUAAUCGAAAACUGCAUCUUCCCUUUUUGUCUACCAACAGAAUUCUACUCUUGAAUGUCUCGUUACCACGGAAGUGAAAAAAUCCUGAAUGAAUAAAUAUAUUAACUAAAUUUAACGUGAAGCCACAAUCUGCAAUAUCCUGCUCAAUGAUUAUAUUAAGCCUUGUGCCAAAAGUUGUUUUCGGAGACCCACGCUGAAGGAAAGCAAACUGUCAAACGUUGGACAAAAGGCUUAUCAAGAAUUCUUUCACAAAUGUCAUAAAUUCGCGUCAUACAAUCUCUCUUCCCAAUGUGAUGAAUUUCAGUUCCACUGUACUUCGUUGACAACGAAAAAGGCGUUUACCAAGCGGUUUUGCAAAGCAAAGGAUAAUCUUACCGCCUCAAGCAACACGUUUGAACUGGUUAACCACGGAAAGAGAAACUGAAUGCUAAAUGUCUGCAAUGAGAGUGGGAGAAACGCACAAUUCAUCGAUCAACGGAGAUCCAUUGGGACGCAAUGAUGUACAAAUUGUGUUCCAGGUGGUCGUUGCCGUUCUUAUUUGCGUUUUCUCAAUCCUGGCCAAUUCUAUCGUUCUUUAUGCAAUUCAAACAAACGCUAGCCUGAAAACGUUCACAAAUAAGGUGAUUGCUCACUUGUGCUUUGUCGAUAUGAGUGAAACACUGCUCAUUAUGCCUCUGUGGAUAACAAGCCUUGUGAAAGGACACUGGAUCUUUGGCGACGCCAUCUGCAGUAUUUCAGGCUACCUGUUCUUCGUAAUGGCCAACGCUACUCUCUACUCCCUAUUGCUUAUCGCUCUCAGUAGAUACUUCAAAGUCGUAAAGCCACAGUUGUACAACAGCAUUCUUUACGCAAAGAAAAACCGACCAAGAAUCUUAAUGGCUUUGUGCUGGAUUGUUCCACUGGUCCUCUGUAGCCCGCCAUUGUAUGGAUGGGGGAGGUACAGGUACUAUCCGCAAUCCACCCUCUGUACUUUUGAAUGGUCGUUUGAUGGGUCAAAUGUUUCCUACAUGGUCUUCUUGGUAGCCACACAACCAUCACCUUACAUAAUCUGCUGGUGCUACUUCAAAAUCUACAACACUGUCCGAAAAAAUAGGAUUCAGAUCUGCACGCGAGCGAAUCGCGCCGCGUGCCAAAACGCACAGAACGCGGAGAACAUGUGUAUUCACACAACGCUCGGUAUCGCUUGUGUGGUUAUCCUGUGCUGGUUUCCGAAAGCAGUGUUGGUAAUCCUGCUUUCUGCUGGAAGACAAGGCUUAGACCUACCACUACUGAUAUCGAGUUAUCUCGUGUUCCUAACUUGUGUCUUAAAUCCUGUGGUAUAUGGAAUUCUGAAUCCUCAGUUCAAACCCGCUUUCAAGGCGUUGUUCAAGAAGAGGGAGACUGAAAUGAUCGUUCUUUCGACGUUUUCGGGACCAUGGCUAAAUUCAUGACUGAAGUACUCGCAAUGGUUAACUUAACAGAUGAAAUAUGACCUGGGAACUGAGUGUUACAGUAUAACCUGGAUAGGCAAUUGUCCUAGGACGUUAAAAUGAUCAAACGCAAACAAAAUUAAUAACAAAAGAAUUAGAGGGAUGCAAUUUAAUUGUCUCUGAUAGCAAAUAACUGGCAAACAAGCAGGGCUUGCAGUUUGUUUACUUUACAAGCAAAACUAGCGUUCAGCCAUCCUCAUUGACGUCACUAGUUUUUCAGCAUUCUGAUUGGUCAAUCGAACAAACCUCUCCCAAUAUUAGGGAUAUUUUAGCGGGAAAGACGCGCGAUGCAUGUUUCGAUCCUUCCGCUGGCAGAAGAAGUUAAUCGCAGACUGUCAAAAAAAGUAGUUAAUUUCUUAAGUUCAUGCAAAAAAAUGACGUAACAGUAUGAGUGUUGUCUCUGUGUUUAUAACUGCAAGAAGACUAUAAAUAAACAACUGUGAAAAUUUUCUAACUAGGUUGUGUACCCUUUACUUAAUUAUGAAAUAUUACUUUCGUUUAUAGUAAUAGUGAUUUCAUUGUGAAACAAAAAACAAGACUUAAACUUGAUGACACUUAUAAUUAUAGAAAACUGUCAUUCGUUUGUGUAACAGUGCCUUCGUUGAUAACAGUUUUAACAGUAAAGCUGAAUAAGUACCCUGAUAAAACUUUCACUCGGUUUUGAAUUUUCCCGCGCAAGUGAAAACCAAUCAGAAACCACGGACUUUUGUAAUGUUACGUCAUCAGUUCGAAUCCCAGACGACCCUCUCAGACGUGUCUGGAGUAGAGAAAUGAUUGACGUGCUGGGAGACAUAAAUAUAUCGCCAGACUCACGUCUUAAUUGCCAAUGCUUUGAGUUGUCAAUUGCCAUAUUUAAUUACUAUCCAACACGUCCUUAAAGACGUUCACUGCAAAUAUUUAGCCAAGGAAAUAUGUUUUUUGGAAAGUGUUUUCAAUUAAGGUGACAUAAGGUCACGGCUGUUUAAUUUCUAUGAUUUGUUUUUCAUUCAGUGUGCCCUGAUGGCAACAAGAGAUUUAGAGAUUCACGGAAAUUGAGCCCAGAAACUUUUCGCCUACAACUCCCUUAGCAAUGAAAAAAUAUUCUCUAUAUCCUUUUAGCUUUAGUUCACCUCCGGAUUAAACAAAAGCUUUACCCAUAAAACGACUUUUUGUCUUUUGCUCAAUUUUAAUAACCCUUCUCCCAGUAAUUUUUGUUCUGUUUCAAUGUUGAAAUAUCAGUGGUUUAAGAAAGUUGUCAA